AUGAGCAGUACAGGCUCAAUGCAUCUUUUCUCGACGCUACUAUUCCUCCUUAUCCAUGCCUUUCAAGUUUCAUCUAUCAUUCUCGAGAAUGGUCAGCCCAGACUAGAUCCCUAUCCUGGCCAAGCACUAAACAUUUCUCUGGACGAGAGCUGGAAAAGCUAUGGUCCCGAGGCGUCGGAGAUCGCAUAUAAGGGACGGUGGGAUAGCAAAUAUGUUUCCUGGUGGUCUAUACCUGGCCUGAAGUUUGGGUUCACAGGCGACAAGUUGGCCUUGAGCUUCGGAGCUCAGACGUCCCCGGGAGUUCUGGUUGCUUAUCGCAUUGGUGGCCUCGACUGGUCUUUCUCCAACGUCACUGCCAACGCAACGUACCAGUUUGUCGGCCCAGGUACGAAGUUCAAUCACAUUCAUGCGAACAGUACCAAGGCGUUUGAGUUGCGAGACGUUGGCGACCGCGCAACCGCCAGCUAUGGUACACACCCGGAGAAAUGGAAUUUCAACGCGCACAGACCUGCCGAUCUAGUGGUCAUCAACCUAGGCACGAACGACCACCGAGACCCGAAUAAUCUGCCCGGCGAGACUUUCGCGACAAGUUAUAUCGAUCUGAUCGAGGCGGUGCAUAAGACGUGGCCGAAGGCGCAGGUCGUGUUGAUGUCUCUAUGGGGAAACUUCACUACCACGACACCCACUACCCCCGGAGAAAAUGAAUACAAAUCCGACCUCCAGUCCGAAUACGACUAUGCAUACACCUACAUCCAACACCCGACCUACGUCUCGGAAAUUAAAGCCGUAUAUGAACACUUCCAUGGAAAAGGUGACGAUUAUGUUCAUUACUUCGACACGACAGGGAUCUUGCAACAUAAUGAUCUCGCGCCUCCGGACCAUCCGACCGACGUGGGACAUCUCAAGAUCUCAAGCCACCUGAUGCGGUGGACGAAGAUCAUGCUUGGUUGGGAAUUGGGCGCCAAGGGGCCGGAGGUUCAGCAUGAUACAGAGUAUUGGAAUAAUGAGGACCGGUAUAAGUAA